AUGAGUGUCAAGGCGUUCGAGUGUAUCCCUGUAAUAGAAACAUUACAAUUACAAGGAGAAAAGGCUCAUACAAAAAUUGAGUGUGUUGAUUGUAGUGGGAAUGUUUUGUACAUUGGUACAAGUGAUGGUUUCAUCAUAACACAUGCUGUUGAAGAAAGAAUUCACUCUUCAGGUAGACUAUCCUACAGUACUAAACAAAUAGCCCAUAAAUGUAUUGAUGUAAGAAAACCUAUCAAAUGUAUGAAAGCAGCUCUAGCAAUUACACGGUUACUUGUAUUAUGUAAUUCCAACUUUUAUAUUUUAAAUAUGUCUGACUUGGAAGUUUCAGGUGAUAGACCUAAGUUAAAGGAUGUUGUAACAUUUUGUGCUAAUGAAAGUUUCCAUAUGAAUGAUACAUUCAGCAUACAAAUAUGUGUAGUGAGAGCAAGGCGUUCUCUGCAAAUUUAUACUGUUUCAGACGAUAAGAUGAGUCUCAUAAGAGAUGUAAGUUUGGAUGAACCUAUUCAGGAAAUUGCUAUGAAUGGUUUUCAUAUUUGUGCAGCUUUGAGGACCCAAUAUGUUAUUCAUAAUCUUCAGGAUGAUCAGACUCAGAUGUUGUUUACAUAUGAUAAUGACAGAAUUGUGCCUGUAAUAUGCAGUAUUUCUAAAGAUGAAUUUCUUAUGAAUGUUGAAGAUGUAGGCAUGUUUGCCACCACAAUGGGUAUAUCCACACGUACACCCAUACAGUGGUCUUAUCCUGUUAUUUCUCUGGCAUAUUUUCACCCAUAUGUAUUAGGUCUUAGUGAUGAGGUUAUUAUGGUUUAUAGCAUUUUAGAUCAACAACAGAAGCACACUAAACAAGCUUUACCAUUUGCGGGUGGGCGAUGUCUUGUAAAGUGUGACAGUGGUCUUUUUGUAGCUUCAGGCUCUUCUGUAUACACAUUGAUACCUGUGCCCUGGCAGAAACAAGUUGAAGUUUUGCUUGCUGAUGAGAGGGUGGAUGAAGCUUUAAAUCUGGCAAAAAAUGCUAGACCUGUUGAUCUCAGCAAAGAACAGUUUCACAGAAUAUAUAGAAAAAUACAACAACAAGCAGCAUUUAUUUAUUUUGCAAAAUGUGAUUUUGAUAAAGCUCGGGAAUUGUUUAAGUGUAGUAAGGUCGAUGUUAGAGAAAUUAUUUCUCUUUAUCCUGCAUUUCUGCCUUUAUCAUCAUCUUUCAACCGGGCUGUACCUCCUCUACAUGGUAUUGCAGAUGUUGUUCAGCUAUAUCAUGGAGACAAGACAAAAGUUAAAAAUGCCCAGAAUUUUCUGUUGCAUUUGCUAAGAGAUAUGAGAGAAAGUGGAAAUAGUAAACAUAGAGAAGAAAUUGAUACUGCUCUUCUAAAAUUGUAUUCGGAGUUAAAUCCUCUUGAAUUAGAAGCAUUUAUUGUAGCAGGAGAAAUACAAUGUGAUGUUGCAGAUUGUUCUUCUUGGUUGACCAGAAAAGAGUGCUAUCAUGCAUUAGCAUUGUUGCACCGUCAUGCUAAGGAUACAGAGAAAGCUUUAGAAGUGUGGUCAAAAAUUAUAACUGGAGACUAUAAAGAUGACAAUUUUCAUGGUUUGCCCUUUUUUGUGGAAUGUUUGGCAAAUUUGAAAGAACAUGAUCUUGUCUGGCGGUAUGCAGAUUUUGUAUUGGGAAUUGACGAAGUUGUUGGAGUUGGAAUUUUCACUUUACGGGACAAUGAUGACUCCAGUACUGAUACCAUGAAACCUGACACAAUUAUAGAUUAUCUUCAUAAAUAUCCAAAGGGUGUCAUCUUGUAUCUUGAACAUUUAGUGCUGAAAGAAAAUAUCCCAAUGGAAAAAUAUCACACACACUUAGCAAUGUUAUAUCUUGAAAACAUUGCAAAAUAUAAAAAGAUUGGUGAAGAAGAGAAUUUUAAUGCUACAAGAAAUAAAUUGAGAGAACUACUUCAGCAGUCCAACCUGUAUCGAAUUCAGUUACUCUUAGGGAAAAUGCAAGAAGCUAAUUUGCCAGAAGAAACUGCAAUUUUGUAUGGAAAACUAGAAGAACAUAGAAAAGCCCUAGAUAUACUUAUUGGACAGCUUAAAGACUUUUCUGCAGCAGAGAAAUAUUGUGUAACCAACAGUGAGGGAAAAGAUAUAAGGUAUCGUAACAAUUUGUUUUUCACUCUACUAACCACGUAUUUGAAUCCAAAAUUAGAUCCAGAAGUAAGAGAAGAGUACAUGAGACCUGCCAUGGAUUUGCUGAAUGCUCGACCUGUAGAUUUUGAUGCUGUAAAGGUGAUGGAGAUUCUUCCUUCCAAUUGGUCAAUUGCUGGAUUGGAACCAUUUCUAAGGGGGGCUCUUAGAGCUUCAAUGCACAGGUAUAGAAUGAGUAAACUUGAAGCUGCCCUUGCUCGAGGAGAAAACUUGCAACAGCAAAUUGCUCUUUAUGAAACUCAGAAGAAAAAAAUUGUAAUGUAA